GCAUAACAAUCACAGCAACAUCAGAAAGUUGAUGGUCACGUUAGGGGGCAAGGAGUAUGGAUGACGAAAUAUUUCUAACUGGGAAUUUCCAGCAGUAUCCAGAUUGCAAAAGCACUUAUAAUUUACGCUUGGGAAGAAAGAAUCUUAUUUUCGAACAAACAGUGGAUUCAGUGACCUACACAAAGCUAACAGAUGGAUUCACUUCUGUAUUACUGCAAGAUGUGGUUGCUGCCCGACUCUACAACAGCAAAAUCCCAAAGGACACAUCGGCCUAUUUUCACAUCACUGCUUAUCCCUUAACAAAUGUUGGGAAAAUGCGCCGUAAGAGGAAGAAGAAGGAGUUCACCUUUCGUGUGAGCGAGUCUGAUGACGAGGAAAGUAACAUGAUCGUUGCAGAAACAUGGGCAAGGUCCGUUGAAUGGCUGAUUAAGAAUCCCUCGAUAUCACAGGAAGAUCUUCAAAGUAAAGAUGCCUUUCCAAAGAAAAGAAGGAUUUUAGUCCUUAUUAAUCCAAAGAGUGGAAAUGGUGCCAGUGUUUCAAAGUUCAGAAAGUUUGUUGAACCAGUCUUCAAAGAUGCUGGAAUUUAUUAUCAGGAAUUUGUUACAAAAUGUGCUAACCAAGCCACAGAAGUUUGUUAUUCCUUGCAUUUAUCCGACUGGGAAGGCAUAGCUAUAUGCUCUGGUGAUGGACUUGCAUAUGAGGUUGUCCAAGGUUUUAUGCAACGUGAUGACUGGGAAAAAGCAAUCAAAAUGCCAAUUGGUAUGAUACCAACAGGAUCUGGUAAUGCCCUUUGUGCAUCAGUGUUGUACCAUGCAAAGGAUGUAUUCGACAUUACGUCAGCAUCAUUCCACGUUGUCCGCGGCAUCCCGAUACCAAUCGACUUAUGUGCCAUGCAAAAUGAUAAGCAAAGGUUCUUUUCGUUUCUUUCACUAACAUGGGGAAUUAUAUCUGAUAUUGAUAUUGAAUCUGAAAGGCUACGCUUGCUAGGAAAUGCGCGCUUCACCGCUGGUGCUGUUUCGCGAAUACUUGCUUUACGUAUCUAUUCUGGAAAACUGGCCUAUCUUCCUAUUUCGGAAAGUGAGCUAUCUGACGAAAAAUGCGAAAAUGCUGAAACUAGUGACGCGGAUUCAAGCUAUGAAAGCUGCGUCACUGAAACACAGUUUCAGACAGAUGAAACAUCUAAUCGAAAGUUGGUUUUCAAAGAUGCUUUAAAUUAUGAAAGAUUAGAGGAAAACACACGAGAAGAAGAUUAUGGUGAUGAUAUUGGGUUUCAAAAUUCUAGACAGCGAGGUUUCUCUUCAUUUGAUGUCAAAGUGAGAAAUCAAAACAGUAUAAGGAAGGUUGCAAGCACAAACAUUGCAGCUGGUAAAUACGAGCCUAUGUUGGAAACUGGUGAAGAUAUAUCCUCGGAUGGCAAAGAUGUCAAAAGAAGCUUCCAGAAAAGAGCUUUUAGCACAACCGAUAUGAAUCGAAGCGUCGGGAAGGAAAAGGAAUUGUCUUUGAAUAAAUCUAAACAAGAAAACAGACGGCAGGCCAAAGGACCCGUAGACAGUGCUUUGCCGCCGCUUGACGUUGAUCUACCUGAGGGAUGGGUUACCUUAGACGGCGAAUUUGUGACAGUGAUGAUACUCCUUGUUUCUCAUUUAGGAUCGAGCUUAAUCUCGUGUCCAGGUCUCAAGCUUGGUGACGGUCAAAUGUGGCUUAUGUUUAUCAAAAAGGGUAUAUCCAGAAAAUCAUUAGUUGAUUUUUUGACAAAGAUGGAAACCGGAGAGCAUGUUUCUAAUAACGAUGUUGAAAUUCGAAAAAUAAAAGCAUUUAGACUAGAACCGAAAUUUAACCGAACCGGGUAUAUUGCUGUAGAUGGAGAGGUGGUUGAGUAUGACAGAAUCCAAGGACAAAUCCACAGAGGUCUGGGGAGGGUAUUUGCAUGUGCCUGAAUUGCUGUACAUUCUUAAGGCUAUGAUGUUCAGUUGAAUUGACUUUUGUGGAUGCGAGACGCUGCAUGCCAGAAUAAAUAAACUGUUCGUUGCAAGUUGCUUGUUUUCAUGUUUAAAAUGUAAUAACGUAUUGAGCAGGACGCUUGAUUCAUUCACUGGCGCAUUGGCGUUGAUUUAGAUAUAUUAAAAUAAUUUUGUUCAGCGUAUAAUUUAAAUUUAUAUGAUGCACCCUAUAUCUUGAGAAGACUAGGUCGUUAAGGCAAAAAACGAUUUAUUUUCAUCAUUUAUUGUGUAUAACUUUUACCAAAUUCAUUCAUAGUGCUGGAUCGACCCUUUUUUAUUUAUCUUCAAUUACACUCUUUUUUUAUAAGAACAAUUUUAUAAGAACACGAGCCACAAAACUGGUCGAAAGUUAAGAACAAACUAAGAACAUGCUAAGGCUGAGCUUCUGCAAAAUGCAAUUUUGAACAACGUUUUUUCUCAAAAUCGAGGAUUUUCAGCUUUUUCGGAGAAUUUUCAAACUUGUCGGCAAAUGAAGCUUGCCUCACUCAAUUUGUCGGCAAAUGAGGCCUGAACACCUCCUUAGAGUGAAAAAGUCAGCCUGAACUUAAAUUUACUGGUUCUUAUAAAAAAGAGUGUAUGCAUCCAGUUUAGAUCUUUUAUUAUCAUUAAGGUGAUGCGUAAUGAACGAAUAUUUUGUUAGAAUCCUGAGAGUUUCCGUUUUGAGUAUUAUCUAGAAAUUGACAGUCAAUACAACCUUGUUUAGAAGCUUGCCGGCUGUAGCUAUGCUGCUGUUGGACUUGGUCUUGCUACCGUAUGAAUGAUUAGAAACCGUUUGUUAGGAAAACUGGCUGUUAUAACGUGGUAGUAUAAAAGCUGGUCCGUGAAAAUUCAUUAUAUCUUAGUACAUUCCCCAUAGGAUCAUAAGUGAAAAUAUAUUGGCAUCUAAUCUUGACAAAUUUAUUGAGGUUAUCUGCUUUCGACGUAAUUUACCUUGUUUGAUAUGAACUAGACAACCAUUUUAUAUACUGAUUAUUGAUAUUAUCUGUUUCAAGAACCAGUGCCAUCGCUAGGUAUUGUUCCAUAGGAAGCUGCUCAGGCCCCAUUUGCCGACAAAGUGGGUGACCCACCUUUAAAUUGCCGACAAGUAUGACAAUUUCCCGACGAAGCACCCCUACAUCGCAAAAUCUUCUUAUUUAUGCAACGGAAUUUUUCAAGGGGAAUAUCACACGACCCCAUUCCCCACCAUAGCGAUGGCCCUGUCCAGAACCAGUAUAAGAUAAUUUUGUGUGAUCAGUCUUAUGUACACCAAAAGAAUUGCAGCUUGAAAAUCACAACUCAAGUGUGUUUAAGUUUUAUAUCUCCUCCUAUUAUGUGUCCAUGUUUGCUUUCGUUUAGCUAUCAAGUUUUUCUCUAUAAUUGUUAAUGCAUAAUUAACAUUCUUGAUACAACCAAUUUCAGACUUAAUUGUUUACAUAUAUAUGAUUAAUUCAUCAUUCUUAUGCAUUUAAAUUGAAUGUUCAGUAAUUCUCAAA